CAGGUACCGAGGGGCACGCGUACCACCCCUAGUGAGAGUCCUCAGACCUUUGCCUCAGUCCCGAAAUCAGUCUCAGCGUACAUCCAUCAAGCAUGACAACCGCCUGCAGCACUCCGGGUCGUGAUAAUUAUCCUGAAGCCUCCUCACCUUACACCGUGCGGAUUGUCUUUCUCAUCUCUGUAAAGCAGUCUCAGCGGGUGGAUGUUCGCACGCGCUCAACAAACUUCCUCCUGGCCGCUUUAACAUUCUUGGCAUGCUGCCGUCUGCAGUGCAUGUACAGUGGUAUGUGUAUCCCACUCACCUUCCACUCCUACCAGGCACAGAGGUACUUCCGCCAGAUACUCGACGCCUACCUUGAGUACCUACUGUACCUACCAAGGGACCUGAGGCUAUACAUGGGUACGGAAACACCAAACUCCUGCGGUGCCAGGAAUACUGCAGCUUAGAGCGACAGGCACCCUCCUCCUCAUCAGUUUAAUGAUUGCAGCUCUACCCGAUAUACUUGUAUUAUUAUGCAGAUGGUUCCAGAUGACAACUGCUGCCUGCCACCGGGAAUCUGCACGUACUGUGGCUGUGUUUCCCGCUCUGUGGUACAACAACAGACCCCGGGAUGGCGCUUGUCUAAUAAACGUUGUGGUUGCAUCCUGCCGGUAUGCAUCGGGCGUCUCACUCUGCACAGUGCCGCGACGACAGGAAGGAAGCGCACGCUUGGAAACAGUGCGAUGAGUCGGCACUUGCAGCCCACACGGUGAAGUACCAUAUACUGUAUGUACGUCCCUGGGCGGCCCUAAGGGAAUCGCAUGGAUUGAGGGUCGCUUCAACCAGAUCGAUCUCGUCCCGGCCUCAGUUUGUGACCAGAUUCAUGGCCCAAAUCUCGAAGCCAGGCAAGCCAGUUUAGAGCAUUCUCACCUGCACCCUCGCCCAUCGCCUUUCCAGAAGACAUGGCUCCUGAAAGCCAACAUAAUCAAAAGGGGCUCUACUGCCACAUAUCCGAAGAAGCCUAGCACUUCUGGAAGUUCACCGGCCCCGACUAUGAGUCUCCUCCACGAUUUCGUCGGAAAUGAAGAACUUCGAAGGUUCGAAGCGUCCCCUGGCGUGGUACUGGCAGUCUCCGUGGUCCGAUCAUCCACUGCACCCACAGCAAUAUCUCGAGGAAUGGUCCACUUAGUUGGGAGCAGCCGUCGCGGAAGCUAAAGGGUGUUUGGGUCAGGAAGUGGUCGGUCAAGAGGUGUGCCACAUCGUGCCCGUGGGCCACAGCCCCAUUGCUUUGGCGAUAGUCUCGGGCGGAACGCGAAGGGACUUCCAUGCCCCAUUUAGCUCGGUGUCAUCCAUAGAAUCCCAAACCAAUUGAGGAUAGACUGGAAAUUGACUGACACCGUUGGCCGGAACCCAGCGGCGCCCCGGCCCAUGUCCUUGGUUGCCGCAGGCCCCAAGAGCCCACCACUGGCACCAGAAUGAUCGAAAGCUGAAGCUGUGCCCUAGCCUUGUUUUGGGCCUCCUGCAAAAUAUCUUGGAGUGCCGGGAACAAGAAAUCCUGUCUAGCUCUCCAACUUGGAACCUAUGAACGUGGGCCAGCCAACUCGAAACCCAUUCACUGGCUGCCGCCGUGCCACGCACACCACAACGUGGCAACGAAAUUGCUGGCCGUAGACGCCUAACUCUCACUGUUGCCUGGUCAAUCCAGGCGUGGUUUGUUACUCCUCACGCCUGGACAAGCAAUGAUGGACAAGGAACGUAACAUUCUUGCAGAUGAGCAACACCACGAGGAGCUGCUCGAGGACCAAGCAGUUUGCCAAAGUUCAGCUCCGUCGCGGCAAGUCGACAACAAAGUCAAGACUUCGCUGGUUCGCUUGCAGCUUCAUUAUUCGUUCAAAAAGUGACUUUUCUUAUUAGUGGGAGUAACUGCGGUAGCCCCCCAGAGUUAGGCUUGCCACUCCGGCUGUCUCGAAGUGCUUAAUAAAACACAGACUCGAGACGCGGUGUAGAAAGCGGCCGUGAGGACGGGCGAGCAGCCUAUCCCGCAACCGCUGUUCUACCACCUCGUCAUGAUCCAGUCGUGCCAGUGCCAGUGCCGUAUCAUGACAGCUCGCCAUGACAACAUUGGUUAAAGCCUCUGUGGAUGGGAGGUGUAAUUAUCUACCACACUUCACGUCGUGACGAGAUUGCAGCGUCACGUUCUGUCACCUUUACCGAAGAAUGCCGUUGCGGAAGAGGAUGCAACCGAAAUUUCAAUGUCAUCGUCCCAGACCGCACCGUACAAUUGGACUACGGCAGAAGGUCUGUGUUCUGACUGCAUAUUUUUAACAUCCCUCGCCUGAGUUUUUUGUGUCAGUUGCUGCCCCAGAGCAGUUUCAGCUGGGUUGGGUGCAGAAAUCCAGAAAAGCUGAACAGUGACAGGCCGCAAUCUGCUGCUCUCCUAGUACUCAGGUACUGUACUCUGGAGUUGUUGAAUUGCACAGGUACAGGACGUAUCUGAACUGAAUGAUCCCUGCCAACUGGCACGAUGCAUAUGAUAUCACGAAGGGCGCAUCAGGGGCCGAUCAUUGAAAUUGUUCGGCGUAUCUUGGGUACUUGCUGGAUACAGCUAUAGGAACUACUAAGUACGUAGCUGGGCAGCUACCUAAUAGUAUCGUUAGCAUUUGGGUAGCGAAGAAUCUCCUGAAUAUCAUCCCAUCAUGGUAGUGGUUGAGCAGCUACCAAAAUGAUGAUCAGGAUAAGCUACCGGUGCCGAAGAAGCCCUAAUCAGCAAUGUACCAGACCAAAAACAACCUCAG